AUCUUUUAGGGUUACCUGGUCAUUGUCUUCCAACACCCCUUUCGCAGGCAAUCUGCCUCCUCGUUUCCUCUGUCGUGCUGCCUGUCCUCAUGCCUUCUCGGGCUUCAUGAUCUCCCUGAGCCUUAUGCCCUUCCCUGUCCUCCAUCAUCACCAGCUUUUGCAAUGGCCCACGACGUCGUGGCACGCCUCGUUAAUCGCUGGGAGGAAAUCCAAGAUGUUUCGGAGACCGAGACUGAUGACAUCGUCGAAUCUGAAUUCCGUCGCUUGAAGGAGAAUUGGUUUGUGGAUGCGUUCAAGCUUCUCCAGAGUGCCCCACAGGAGGAGCAUUGCUGGUGCACUUUCAAGUCUGUCAUGUUUCCGCUGCUUGAGCCUUUCUCAUUUUACUUUGAAUCCCCUAAUCCGCAGUCAGACUUGCAUGCACUUUGGCGGCGUCUGUGUUCCGAGCUCAGUGAAUGCGUUAACUGUGUCGUUCUACACCACAAAGCAAAGGAGGAUUAUAAGAGAGACUACCAUGAGGUUCACGUAGAACCUUUGCUGUCUGCUUUGCAGGUGUUGGAUGAAGAGCGUGUAGCAUUUCAUCUCAAAUCGCUCAUGAAGAUAAUCCAAGAUGGAAAGUAUGACUCUGGAAAGCAUACCAAUGAAGUGAUUACUGUCAUGUUUGAGGUACUUAUGUUUCCAUCUUUAUUAGAGGAUGCAGAAGUGAGUGAGCUUUUUGCACCGUUUCUGCAGUAUGUAGAGGACUCCCACGACCUUGCCUUGGCCAAGGGCCCGCAGUAUCCGGGUGUGUACACACUUCUUGUUCAUUCGGAUCAGAAAGUUCGGAGAGUAGCUUUUAAACUUGUUCAGUCACUUGAAAUGAUUAAGGAUGCUCAAGAGAUGGAGGCUAUUGCUCCUCUUUUGGAAAAAAUAAUGCAUAGCCUUGAAUUUGAAGAAUUCGAGUCAGGAACAUCUGGCGCCGGUCCGAGGAAACUCAUCGUUGGAGAGAAAAAGAUCAUGCAGUCGUCGCAAUUCGGAAAAUCGCGGUCGAGGGUUCGCUUUAGGCGAGAAACUUUGUGGCUGGGCCUACCUAACAUAUUGGAGCGUCUGCAACCUGCUGCUCUUGACGGAAUUGUGGAGCGCUAUUCAGUGUUUGUGAGCAUUGUGCUCAAUCAUGUCAGUGAGGAAAACUCUGUAUUCUACAACGCUCUCAAGUGCCUGGAGCUUUUACUCUGUAACCUAGGCUAUAGCUUUUGGCUGCGCACAACUUUUUCGCCUGGAGUAGUGCGUAAUACUCUUGUCAGCCAGUGCUUUCAUUCGAAUGAGCAACGGAUGCACAAGAGCAUUUUUGAGCUGUUUCCUCCCUUUUUGAUGUCUUUAGAAACGCUGCAAGAUGCGUACGAGCGGCAGCGACGUCGUCUACUAUAUUUCUUGCUGCAACAAGUGCCAGCCAGCAGGAACUUCAACCUUACUAUGCGCUGGAAAGCUCGUCAGGUCUCCUUCAGAAUAAUCUAUAGCGGUUACAUCAUGGAACCUCCUUUGCCACCAUGGGAGUGCGCUCAUGUCUGGGGGCCACCAUUGGUUGAGACAUUGAAAGACCCCAACAUGCAUGAUUCCUUCCGAUCUGCAGCUUUUGAUCUCAUUCAGACUAUUUUAGCCGCGGAUACCUCAGCACUAGCUGCCUUUUCACGGAAGUCAGAGAGUUCAGCACAUCCUUGGAGCCACCUUUGGGAACGCUGUAGGGACGAAAGUGAUCAUGAGUUGAGAGCUGGAAGUGAGAGCUCCCGAGAUCAAGAUUAUUGGAAAAUUCUCAAGAAAGUCAGUGAUACGGUGUUCGAAGGACUUGAGAAGUGGUCCUGUGUCCCUUUACUUUGGGUUGAGGUUUUGGGUGGUGUGUUGGCCUAUCCCACGAGCUUUUACAAAUCUGUGUUGUGGGCUUAUGGACGAAUAGCUAUUUUUGAUAUACCAGGUAGUAUGAAGGUGUUGCAUCUUGACGUAGACUCCAGGGUUUUGAGGUGGGAAAUGCCGAAAGGUUAUGAUGAUCAGAGCGACAAUGAUGCAUGUGAAAAUGUAGUUUCUGUCCAGAAAAAUAGUAUGCAACUGAUCAGCACCUUCAAAAGAUAUGCAGAUGGGUUUCUAGGACGCUUGGGCACCGUAUUGCACCACUUGACUUUGGAGCCCUGGUUCGCUGAACCUCUCUUGCUGUUGCUGAUGAGCUCAAAUCCUGUUUGGAAGGAGGUCGCUCAGAAAGUUCUCGUUCAAUCUGGUGCAAGUUCAUCUUUGGAGUCUGGCCUGAAGCUUCUUUGCAGCAGUGAAACAUCUAUCAGCGCAGUAUGUAAUGCGGUUCGCCAUGCCUCCAAAACGUUAAUGAAUUGGCCUCUCGAGAAUUGUGAACGGGCUUUGAGCCAGCUUUUUUUCCUUGGAUUGAAACUUCUCAACGUAAACCAAGGAUCUAUGGAGACCGUGGGAAGUAGUAGUAGUUCUUCAGUGCUGCCGAAACUUUGGAAGAUUUUAUCAGCUACUUUGUGGCCUCUGUUGGGCAGAACAAUUAUGGAAAGCAAGGAUCUUAUUAGCGGCAAUCAUGAGUUGAUGUUAACCCGGAUGCUUCAGCUCUUGCCAUUUGUAUGCAAGCACAUACCAAUGGCGUUUCGGAAUGCACUAUUCGGAAAUCUUCAUCCAUCACGGAAUAGCAUGAACUGGUUCCAUGAGUUUCUAGCUCUAGGCGGUCUGGCUUCAAGAGCAGUACUUAGAUGGUGGCAGAAUGCAGCCUGCGCUAUCGUUGACAAUUUGGUACAAUCAGGGUCCUUAUCUUCAUCCUUAAAAGACAUAAUUAGCGAUUUUCUCAAGCCAGAGUGUCCUCUGGAUGAAGACCAACAGCGGCAACUGAAGUCGCUUAUAGAAUCUUCUUCUGCUAGCCAUUCUUUUGCUAGGAGUGGGCAUGAUUCACCUGCGUUUCACAAAACCUCAGAUUUGGAAGGUUCCACUGGCAUUGGUCCACAAAUGACAGCAGCUGUUAUUGACCUGGAUUCCGAGGAUGAAGACGCUGAUGAGGACAGACAGCGUCAGUUAAGGGUCGUCGAAGUGAUCGACCCCAAAGGACUAAACAGUGAUGUCAUUGACUUGGAAAGACUGGAUCAUGUUACUUCAGCUAUGUGUGGUGUAUCUGUGAAGGCCCACAAAGACCAUGACGGUAAAGAUCGGAUUGACAAGGAAGAGGAGGUGGAAGUGGAAGAGGAGAUGGAAGAUGAAGAGGAGGUGGAGGCUGAAGAUCCAGCUGAUAACGUUCCAUUAGCUUCUCUGUUUCUGAAGCCGCAAUCAGUGCAAACUUCUCGCAUUGUGAUUUCUCAAACGCGAAAAUCAGGUGGAAACAGGCUUGGAACUUUAGAUAAAUAUGUUCAUAGGUCACUGAAGCUACCCACUACAUGUCCAGUUAAGAAAAAGCGAUCUGUUUUCCAAACCAAGCUUCGUGCAGCACCCUUGGCACCCAAUUAUCAAAUCCCUCCAUUAAUCUCCAAGCAGCCCACUGGCAACAAAGAGCAGGUUUCAGCUGGUAAACAGCCAGUCGUGGCAGAAUCUGUCCACAAAAACAAGCCACAGGUUUUGGCAGAUGAUACAUUAUCAAAGCCGGUAGGGCAUGCCCUACGAGAUGGUGCUGUUUUGCGAGAGUUGGUAAUGGAUGAUGAUGAUGAGCUAACAAAGGCUCUAAAUGCGCGUAAGUUGUCAAUGCGCGAUGGUAUGGGGAAGGAGAAGCGUAAGAUCAUGACUUUGCAAAUGCCUGGAGAGCAGAUAAGACCUAGUCCGUUAGCACGACCUGUACCUGUGCGGGCACCCCCUCCUAAAAUGGACAUGUGGUACCGACAGAUCUUAUGUAUGGAUUACUUUUCUACCGUUGGGCUUGAAUGUCUCUGGGUCGAGGACCGUUGUGAGACCGCCCCAUUGACUAAGAUUCCAUCAACGUUCCCAUCGGUGGAGAAGUACAAAGAAAUUUUCCAGCCAUUCCUUUUGGAGGAGUUCAAGGCACAGCUGCACAAUGAAUAUCGAGAGCUGUCACUGUCCGAUGGGAAAACCUGUUCAGUCUUGCGAUUAAUGUCUCUAGAGCGUGUUGAUGAAUUUCAGAUUGGACGAUUUUUAGCUGAUGUAGGAGAAGAUGCUGCGCGGACGUGGACUGAAAGUGAUUUGUUACUGCUGACGAGAUAUCGUUUGCAGAUAAAUGAGCCACAAAGUUGUCAUAUUCUCGCUAAGGUGGACCGGAAACCAGAAAGAGAAUUCCGGGGUACUACUACUACUAUUGUGCUCAAGCUUUGUAUGCCGCUUGGGAAUAGUCGUCUUCAAAAUGCUAAAAAGUAUUUGGUCGUUCGCAGCAAGUGGCACUUAACCCGUGUGAUGAAUUUGUCUACGCAAUUACGAGAAUUCCAAGCUCUUUCUGCCAUUGGCAACCUCCCUCUUUCGCGACUUGUUCUGUGUCCAUCUACUUCUGAGAAAACUAAUUUAUUGAAGAAUGGAACAGCUGGGUUAAAAGAUCUAACUGCAGAGCUUGGUGAUAGAAUUAAAGCUGAUUACAAUGAGAGUCAGGUUUCAGCUAUUGCUGCAGCUGUGGGGAGACAAGAUAUUGCUGCUGCAGACCACCAGCUUGCCUUGGUGCAAGGACCCCCCGGCACAGGUAAAACUCGAACUAUUGUUGGUAUCGUUAGUGCGUUGCUAGCUUGGGAACCGCAGUCCUCCAAAACCUCAGAUAAGAACAACCAGCGUGUAUCUACGAAUGCAAGAGGUGGUGGUGCUGUUCGACCAUCUGUUUCCAGCUCUGUUGCUCUUGCAAGAGCCUGGCAACAUGCAGCGUUGGCACUUGAGAUCAGUGGCGGGAAGGAAAACUUAUCAGGAAAAGACAAGGAGGCCACCAUGAACCGUGGAGGAUGUGGAAAAAGAAGAAUCCUUGUUUGUGCUCAGUCCAAUGCUGCUGUUGACGAACUAGUAGCUCGAUUGUGCAAGGAUGGCAUUUAUGGCAAGCACGGAGAUUUUUUCCGACCACUUUUGGUAAGGGUUGGAAACGUGAAUAGUAUCCACCCAGCCUCUAUGGAUAUCUUUAUCGACACUUUGGUGGGAAAGAGACUUGCAGCUGAGAAAAAUGCAACCAGUAUUGAUGAUAACAGGCAGCAGAAGACUGUCAUGCUUCGUCGAAAGUUGGAGGAGGUGAUUGAAUCAAUACAGGUUUUGGAGGCUUCUCAUGCUAAACGAUGCGGAGGUGAUACUGUGAGUAAAGACACGCCCAGUGGCCAUUCCAUCAGCCCCUCUGGUCAGGAUGCCAAGGAGUUUCUAGCUACAUCUGCAGAGAACGAGAAUCUGGAUGCUGAAACAUCAAAAAGGGUGGAGCGUGUUGUUCAGGAAGGGGAAUCUGCUGUGCAAGGGAAGCUCAACACUCUUUAUAGCAAGCGGCGUCAGUUAUCAUCUGAGCUUGCUAGUGCAGAAAAGGAAGAGAAACUACUUCGUAAAGAGGAGUGGGCAAAGCGACAGGAAAUGCGGAGGGCUGUCAUCCGAGAGGCGGAUGUAGUUCUCACCACACUCAGUGGGAGUGGAGCAGAUGUAUAUAGUGCUUGCAUGGAGACUUUUGUCCCUGUAAAAAAGUUUGGAGGGCGAAAAGAUGUUCCAGAAGAUGAUUUUUUCAGUGCAGUGGUCAUUGAUGAAGCCGGCCAGGCCCUUGAACCAGCAACAUUGAUUCCGCUUCAGCUCCUAAAACAAACUCACGCAAGAUGUGUGUUGGUUGGAGAUCCCAAGCAGCUCCCUGCAACUGUCAUUUCACAGGCCGCCGUGAAGAUGGGGUAUGCUACCAGUAUGUUCGAGCGUCUGCAGCGAGCCGGAUAUCCUGUGACAAUGCUCAGUACUCAAUAUCGGAUGCACCCAGAAAUCCGGCGAUUUCCGUCUGCGCAUUUUUAUGACAACCAGUUGACAGAUGGUCUUGUUGAAGGGUCUAGAAAGGCGCCUUUCCAUAGUGAAUGGUGUUUUGCACCUUACGUUUUCUUUGAUGUAGUCGAUGGUUUCUCACGAACUACAAAUUCCAAUUCGUUAAUCAAUGACGCUGAAGCUGAUGCUGCUCUAAAUAUUUAUCGAUUUUUGCUGCAAAGGUAUCCAAAAGAAACAAAUUCACGAAGUUUUUCGGUUAUUACCCCGUAUAAACAGCAGCUGAACGUCAUUCAGCAACGUUUCAUUCGAUCUUUAGGUUCAGCGAAAGCCUUGAACAUCGAAUUCAACACUGUGGAUGGUUAUCAGGGACGUGAGGUGGAUAUUCUCAUUUUCUCCACUGUCCGUGCAUCGGACAAACCAGGGAUUGGGUUUGUAGCAGAUAUUCGUCGAAUGAAUGUUGCACUCACUCGUGCAAGGUUCUCUCUGUGGAUCGUUGGAAAUGCUUCUGCGCUGCAACAAAAUUCCGAUUGGGCUGCGUUGCUUUCAGAUGCGAAAAUGAGGCAGUCAUAUUUCCCUAUAAAGUACCCAUAUUCUUUCCAAGAUGGGGUGAACUCUAAGCCACUGAGACCAGUAAGUCCACCUCCAGGGUCGCCAAUGCAUAAUCUAACAAGCAGCGAAGCAUCUACCGGGAUUACCGUGUCAUCUGAAUUAAGCCAUGUAGUUCAAAACUCGACGGCAAGGGCAGAACAUGGAAAGGUGAAAUCAAACAGGGGUGAAGUCAUCGAUUCCUUGAAACCAGAUAUUCAACCAGGACGAAUUGAGCACACACCGCUGGAAAACGAAAGCAGCAGUGGAGCUCAAACCGUGGGGAGUCACUCUAAACAACUGCAUCCAAGUGCUGGGAAACAGACACAGAAUACUACAGUGGGCGAACCUUUAAUACUGCGACAUGAUUCAUUUGUCAGAGAUGAAUGUAACAAACAGUCAAGGACUAGUGCGUUAGGGAACAAAAACGAUAAGGAUCAGCACUCAGAUAGCCUAAGAGCUUUGACAAUCGACACCCACUCAGGAAGACGAGGAAGAUCUCGGGUUGAUGUUAGUGGCGUUCAGGAUUCCAGCUCCCGGAGCAGAAAGGAGGUAGGUUCUAGAAGAGAUAGCGCCAAAAUUGAGACUAAUGAUAAUGAGAGAAGAAACUCCGAGAAUUCUCAAGCAAUCAUUAGUGAAGGUGGUCCGGGUCAUAAUUUUGAGCUUUCGAACGACAUUGGUCUUGGUCCGGAUAAGAUCAAAAGAUCUUCCUCUAAGGAAGUUCGGACUGGUUCGAGUCGGGCUAUGAACAGCGCUGUUCCUACUGUAGAUGUUAAUCAAGACUCUACGCGCUCGUCGAGAGAGAGUUCUAGAAAAACAAACGUAGACAGAUUUGAUCGGAAUCGAUCGAGCUCCUGCGAUCGCGGCAGUAUGUCGCAUGCUGUUGCAUAUCCGGAUGCAAGCUUGUUAAGUUCUGAGCCAUGUACUGAUACUAGGUUCGAUUCCUGCACAAGUACAUCCGCUAUUCAUGGUGACGGUCGGAGGUCUCCGUCCGGACAUGGCAGUACAAAUUCUCCACUCACAACAUCUUCUGUGGUAGAGAGUGAGUGGGAACUUUAUAUGAGAAGACUGCGAGAGGAAAAGCAGAUUGGAAACUCCAUUCGAGACAAGCGUAUUGAUCAAGUUCCAAACCCUGGUCCAGACAGACGGACCAACCGAACUGCUCGUUCUGAUUUAGAUUUACGGACGAAACAAGCUCAAAGAUCUGAAGUAGGCUUACAGAAUAGACAAACUGGGAAGCCUAAUUCAAUUACACGUCCAAGACAUGCAGAGAAACCCGAUUCGAGUAUGCGGAGCCACCAGAUUGGCAAACAUGAUUUGCAUGCACAGACAACACAGGCUGGGAAAAAUUUUGCAGUUAAGAGGCCACCUACACAUCCUCCUCCUAACAAGAAACAAAAGGUUGCAGGAGAGGCGUCAGGUGUACCAAACAUCGCAACUGGUUCAACUUUGGACGAUAUCCUGUCAGGAUUAGGUAGCCUAAGCCGCUCGCAAGUUAUAGGAACUAGAGUGAUCGACCAACCGUCGACACGAAAACAUACAACACACCGUCCCUAGUAUUGUGGUUAUGUAAGGUCAUCAUUUCAACUUCGGACGUCAAAGGACUAUGUUGGAUAAUGAAUUAAUCGCACCUAUUGGAGACAUCUUAUGUCAUGACAUGUAGUGUCAUGCACAUAAUUAAUAGGUCAAGUUUGUACAUAGAUGAGUAAUAUGUAGUUUGAUGUAGUACAUUUUUGAUAGAAGAAUUCUAAUUUUUGGCCAUUGUAAUUUAUUCUUGUUUUGUUUGUUA